AUGAGAGCACUCACUUACAUUUCAAUCUCGGGAUGGUUAAAUAUCUUAUUACAAGUUUUCGGUGGCUGCUGCAGCAAUGUAUUUGUAUUAGAGGAUUUGUUAUACAAUAAUAAACUGGAAUACUCGCUAGGAACUCUUGUGACAUUUAGUCAAUUCUUGAUAACAUCAAUGCUUUCCAUUCCUAUUAGCACCAAAGGGUUUAUUAGGCCAACCGUUCCUGUGUCAAGAUGGAUUCUCCCCGUCAUGCUUUAUUUUUUAACUUCACUUUUAAAUAACUUGGUGUGGCAGUUUGACAUAACAGUCCCAAUGCAUAUUAUAUUCCGAUCUAGUGGGACAGUGGUCACCAUGUUGGUUGGGUAUUUUUUUGGCAAUAAAAGAUACAAUAAGCACCAGAUAAUGUCUUCAAUGUUCAUGACUUUGGGCACAAUUAUGGCAACGUUUCCAGAAGAAAAGUCCUUACUUGUUGAAAUCAAUAUUAACUUUUUAACCGGUAUAUUGAUAUUGACAAUCGCAAGUGUAAUUUCAGCAUUUAUGGGAUUGUAUAGUGAAUUGAUUUAUAAACAAUACGGGAACCAGUGGCAUGAAAGUUUAUUUUACAAUCACUUUUUGGCAUUACCCUUGUUUGCAUUUGUGUCUCCGACCAUCUGUAGAGAGUUUAGUGUUGUUUUGCGGAGCGAAAAAGUCACACUAGGUGCAUUUAGGGUUCCCGGACAAUUAUUACGUUUGGUUGUAAAUGUCUUGACACAGUUUAUAUGUACAAAGGGAGUGAACAUGCUAGCUGGGGAAACCAGUGCGUUGACAGUUACUGUUGUAUUAUUGGUGAGAAAGUUUCUUAGUUUAAUCCUUAGUGUGAUAUUCUAUGGUAACACCAUGUCUACGUUGGGGAUAGUUGGUUCAACUAUUGUAUUUGUCGGUGCAGCAUAUUACAGUAUUAGUGGAGUUCCUGAUAGAAAAAUUAUAGAAUUAAAGAGAAAAACGUAA